GGAGGAGAGCUGCUGUACAGAGGGGUGGAGAGCUGCACUUCCCUGUCUGGGAGAAUUCACUGUGUGUGCAAGUCACAAUUGAAAGGAAGCACCAUGGCUUUCCCCCUGGCUUUAGCCAUGUAAUAUUGUCCGCCUUUCCACGGCUAUCCCAGGAAGGAUUUUGCACCGUUUCUGCGCUCCAUUCUCCCUCUCCUCCCUCCUUCCACUCUUCCUGGUCUUUGCUGGAUAUAUAUUCUUUUGGAAAAGAACCUCCGUCAUGAUUGAUAGCAGUAAAAAGCAGCCGGGUCUUACGGAGAUUAUUCCUGACGGGGAUUUUGAUCCAUUGAAAGACAAGGAAUGUCUUGAUGCAAACAACCAGAAAAGUCUGAAGGAAGGAGUUGUCCCUUUGCUGACUGCACAAACCGCACACUUCUCUAUACGAAGCAAGCACCAGGAAACAUUGCUUCAGCUGCGUCUGCAACAAAGGCGAACAAGAGAACAACUUGUAGACCAGGGCAUCAUGCCACCGUUAAAAAGCCCUGCCGCAUUUCACGAGCAGAUCAAAAGCUUGGAGCGUGCCAGGACUGAGAACUUCCUGAAGCACAAGAUUCGUAGUCGUCCAGAGCGGUCCGAGCUUGUGAGGAUGCACAUUUUAGAAGAGACACAUGCCGAGCCGUCCCUGCAGGCGACACAAAUGAAAUUAAAGAGGGCACGACUGGCAGAUGAUCUCAAUGAAAAGAUUGCUCAAAGACCUGGACCAAUGGAGUUGGUUGAAAAGAACAUCCUUCCCGUGGACUCCAGUGUUAAGGAAGCUAUUAUAGUUGGCCAGCCAGAUUUUCCUGAAAACACAGAUGCUUUCUCAUUUGAUGAAGACAGUGAUGCCUUUUCACCGGAACAGCCAGCAAGCCAAGAAUCUCAGGGAUCAGCAGCUUCUCCUGGAGAGAUCAAGCUCAGCGAAUCCGCUUCUCCUACAUCCAACAUUAAUAUUCAGUGCCAAGCAGUACAUUCGCCUCUGCCAGAUUUUUUCAAGCCUGUUCCUGCCAUUGAACCCCCUACACGCCUCCCUGCACCAUGUACGAUCUUGAAACCUGGGCCAGCACUGGUUAAGAACUCAAUGGAGGCAGCAUACAGACCAGUAGGCACUCUGUGUGCCACCAUGCAAAGUCAACCGAAGAGUGCAAACGACAAGCCACGCAGUAAGAAGUCAAAGGAGCCCAAACCACGGGUGAAAAAGCUGAAAUAUCACCAAUAUAUUCCCCCAGACCAAAAAGGGGAGAAGUUGGAACCCGAGAUGGACUCCAACUACGCCCGUCUCCUGCAACAACAGCAGCUCUUCCUCCAACUACAGAUCCUGAGCCAGCAACAGCAACACUACAACUACCAGACAAUCCUACCAGCACCACUCAAGACGUUGAAUGACAAACCAAACAAUGGAAACUCCAUAACCAGCAAUGUGAAUACCAGCGCAUCCUCUGCCCAGAACACCACCAACCGGCAGAACAGCAUCACAUUUAAAAAGGCAGGGCCGCUACCUUCCAAUCUGGAUGACAUGAAGGUGGCAGAACUUAAAAUGGAGUUGAAACUGAGAGGUUUGCCAGUAUCCGGGACGAAAACGGAUCUCAUUGAACGUCUGAAGCCGUACCAGGAUUUAAACAAUAAUGGUGUUAGUGCUAAUAGUGCCACAGCUGUAACCACCACCGCCACCACUACAGUUCCCAGUAGUGGUGCCGGCGAAGCUACAAUCGCAUAUACCACUGCUGUUGUAAGUAAUUGCGCACCCAGUUUGUGUUCAGAUGUAACAUCCACUUCAAAUGGAAGCAACCCACCAACUUUAGAUGGCAUCAACUCUCCAUUACCCAUGUCGCCUACCCCAUCCGAACAAUCCAACUUUAGUACUGAAGACGCUACCAUGACAGACACCUUUGCAGAGAUUAUGACCAUGGUGUCUCCAUCCCAAUUUAUGAACACCUCACCUAUGAAGAUCAGUAUAAAUGAGGAUAGCAUGGGGUCAGUCACCGUAACCACUACAAACAUGGAUUUGGAGGCUGCAGAGAAGGACCGCAAGCUUCAGGAGAAAGAAAAGCAGAUUGAGGAGUUGAAACGUAAACUGGAGCAGGAGCAAAAGCUUGUGGAGGUGCUGAAAAUGCAGCUUGAGGUGGAAAAACGUGGCCAGCAACAACCAUGCUCUAAUGUUCUGGUAAAUGUGGAUCAGAAGCAUUUUAAUGCAAAAGUUAAAGAGGAAAACUCCAUAUCUGACUGCCAGAGUUCCACCCAGACCGUUCUGAGCGGUCACUUGAUAGGACAGCCCACAGUGACCACUGGCGGCCAGAGUAUCAUUGCCAACAACACUGUAGUCAUCAAACAAGAAGUUCCCUUGGCCAACCAUGAACAUCAAAAUAUUAUCCAGCAGUUUUAUGUGACAUCUCAAAGGACACCUCAGGCUACAGUGGUGGCACAGCCUCAGGCACUACUAACUACACCAACAGCCCAGAUUCUGCUGCCGGUCUCCAUCAAAACCACCAAUGCAAUGCAGCUGUCCAUGGUUCAGGCCCCAGCACAAGCACCAAGUACAUCUCAGCCUUCGGUUCUGAAUUCUACCCCUGCUACUCUGGUCCAGGCACUGUCCUCUCAGAAACCUCCUACAUCAGUGGCACAGGAGAAGUUUACGUCACAUAUGCUCAACCAGAACCCGCAACCCAGAAAGGUAUGUCCACCCACAACAUCAAACAAUGUAUUUUCCUAUCCGCAAACCCCAGUCACUUCAGUUCCAUCGUCGCUCAGCAGUAACGUAUUGACUACUUCUCAGUCUGCAAGAACACCGCCAACUGCGCCAGUACAGAACGGGCAGAAAUCACUUCAUGAGUCCAGUGCCACAUCCCCGUCCCAGUACAUUGUCCAGCAUUCUGUGUUUAACAGCUCAGCUGCUAAAAAUAAAGACCCUCCACGCUAUGAAGAGGCCAUCAAGCAGGCACGUAAUAUUCAGCCUCAAUCUCACACCGAGGUAACGAAUGCACACAGCCAGCAGAUGGAUGACUUGUUUGAUAUACUCAUCAAAAGUGGAGAUUGCCGACUGUAUUCAGCAGAAACCAGGGGAACUGUGAAUGCAGCUCUGCUCUGUAAAGCAGACUGUAACCCAGAAAUUUCUCCUCUAAUUAAAGAACAACCUUCGCCAAUAUCAAAGAUGAGACCUGUUACUGCCAGUGUAACCACUAUGCCAGUGAACACGGUAGUAUCAAGACCACCACCACAGAUACAUGUAGCCCCUCCAUUGUCUUUAGAACCAACAAACAGUCUGUCACUUAGCUUAGAAAGCCAACUGGAGGCAUUCUUGGAUGGAACCCUACCACCAGGAACUAACAUUCUUCAUCUAGACAGCCAUAGUGAUGGCAGAGAUACAUUUUCUCUAAUUGAUGACCUGAACAAUGAUCUUCACAGCAUACUGGACCAUGAUUCGACCCCUAUGGAGACCACGGACACCCCAUUCACUGCAACCAGUUGCUUAUCUCUAGACCUCCAAGACACAAACCUGGACAACAUGGAAUGGCUGGACAUUACUAUGCCAAAUUCCGCCUCUUCUCUUACUCCUUUAAGCUCCACCAUCCCAAGCAUGUUCUCCACUGACUUUUUGGACACUAAUGACUUGCAGUUGCAAUGGGAGUAAACAUUUACUGUAGAUCUCGGAUUUUACUUUGAAAAAUCUAAGCUGGAAAAUGGUUGUAAUUGCAGCAGUUACACCAAAACAGCAGGAUACAAAGUGAUCUGCAGCAUUUAACUGCACUGGAUUCCCAAAUAUAUUACUGGCAGGCCACUAGGGAGAGACACUACACUGUACAGGUAAAAAACAAACCUAAAAGGUGACCAGUACUGGUGGGUCAAGAACGCUGGUUAGAUCAGAAAACAUUAGGAGAUUAAAAAAUGGAACGAUCAUUGGGGGAAUUGUACACAAAUUGACAAUAGCAACUAUAUAUCUGAUGUUUUUUUCCACUAAAGGUGGAUUUCUUUUUUCCUCUAAAAGUAACUGCACUUGACUGUUCCUGUGAACAGGCUGAGCCAACAUUACUCCAUGGCAAAGCGCUGACUGGUUCAGGGUUCGCACUAGAAUCUUCACAAGAUAUGCAGAAGUGAAGAUAUGUGCGUGAUGCUUAAUUGGCUUUAUCUGUCAUGAAACAAUGAUGUAAACCUUGUAGAAAGCAUACGUUUAUAUAAUUUACAUUUUACUGCCAUUUUCCUGUCAAAUCAUAGAGAAGCCUAAAAAAAAAAAAAAAAAGACGCAAAAUCUUACUUUAGUAAGGCGGUUCAUGCAUCAUUACAAAACUGUAAUUGUGUUGCUGGAAAAUGCUGGUUUAAUGUAUUCAUUUUACAGAGGGGCUUUUUUUUUUUUUUUUUUUCGUAUGAGACUUUAAAGAUAGUGUCAGUUUGCUUUAUUUUAUAUUGCCUUUUGUAACGGUUAAGAACAAAGGGAUUUUAUGGCCUCCUCUCUGAAAACCUACUGUAAUAUUCUGUACAGAAUUGUAUGAAAUGAUUUUUUUUUUUUUACCAAGAGGUCACCUGCUAUAGAUUAAGCGCACAGGCUUUUUUUUUAUUUUGCUUUCCUUCCCAAAAUGGCAUGCACCAAAAUAUAUAUAUAUAUAUAUAUAUAUAUAUAUAUAUAAUGUUAGACUGAAUGAUAUAGAUUCUACUUUACUAAGAGGGAGAAGAAAGGGAUAUGAGCUUCGAACUGUCCACUACAUGACAUGUAUAUAGAAUAUUUUUGAAAAAGUUGUAAACCUUGUAAAUAUAGUUACAAACUCAAAUAUACGAAUGGAGAAAUAAGACUGUAAAUAAACAUAAACUGGCGUUUCCUUGA